AUGUCGGAGACCGCUCCCGCCGCUCCCGCCGCCGCCGCGCCCCCCGCGGAGAAGACCCCCGCCAAGAAGAAGGCGGCCAAGAAGCCGGCGGGGGCGCGCCGCAAGGCGUCCGGGCCCCCGGUGUCCGAGCUCAUCACCAAGGCGGUGGCCGCGUCCAAGGAGCGCAGCGGCGUGUCCCUGGCCGCGCUCAAGAAGGCGCUGGCGGCCGCCGGCUACGAUGUGGAGAAGAACAACAGCCGCAUCAAGCUGGGGCUCAAGAGCCUGGUGAGCAAGGGCACCCUGGUGCAGACCAAGGGCACCGGCGCCUCGGGCUCCUUCAAGCUCAACAAGAAGGCGGCCUCCGGCGACGCCAAGCCCAAGGCCAAGAAGGCGGGCGCCUCCAAGGCCAAGAAGCCCGCCGGCGCGGCCAAGAAGCCCAAGAAGGCCUCGGGCUCCGCCACCCCCAAGAAGGCUGCCAAGAAGACCCCGAAGAAGGCCAAAAAGCCGGCGGGUGCUGUGGCCAAGAAAGUUGCCAAGAGCCCGAAGAAGGCCAAGGCCGCCAAGCCCAAGAAGGCGGCCAAGAGCGCCACGAAGGCGGUGAAGCCCAAGGCCGCCAAGCCCAAAGUUGCCAAGCCCAAGAAGGCGGCGGCCAAGAAGAAGUAGAUUGUUGGCGCUUCCUGCUUCCAAACUUCCCCCAAAGGCUCUUUUCAGAGCCACCACUGAUCUCCAGAAAGAGCUGGACGCUGCUGUCCUCCCCUGGGCGCUGUCCUGGGCUGCUGGG